AUGGAGACUAACACUACUACACCGUAUCAUAGAAUUAAUAAGAUUUUUCUUAGUGUUAUUGGCCAGUGGCCCCAUCAGACGAAAUUGUCUAAGUGUAUUUGUUAUAUUAUUUUAUUUUUUUUCUGUUCUACGCAAGGAUAUCUUCAGACUGCUGGAAUGAUAGCUGCAAGAGUUGACAUCGAUGUUUUUUUGGAAGCGAUUCCUACAGUAUUGGCCGAUGUUGUUUGUGCAAUAAAAAUGUUCAACUUUACUGUAAACUUCAGCAAGAUGAAAAAAUUACUUUUGAUAAUGGAAGAUGACUGGAAAACUUUUUCUUCCGGCCCAGAAAACGACAUUUUAAAUGAAUACGCCCAUUUUGGAAAAAAAGUUACAAUUUACUACACAGGAGCUCUUUACGGAACAUUGGCGCCCUUAGUAAUAGUGCCAAUCACUCCUCUGCUGCUGGAUGUAAUCGCUCCUAUGAACGAAAGUUAUCCAAAGCACUUAAUGUUCCAACAAAUAGAAUUUCUAGUAGACGCUGAAAAAUAUUUUUAUCCUCUAUUUAUCCACAAUUAUCUUGGCACCGUCGCGUUUUUGACCAUAAUCAUAGCAAUUGACACGAUGUUGAUGGUUUACAUCCAACAUGGCUGCGCUAAAUUUGCAAUUCUUGGGUUGUUUUUGGACCGGAUUGCCAAAAGAGCAGAUCGGAAAAUCAGCGACCAUAAUGAUAAAUUUGCGAAUGUUGACUACAAAGAUGUGGUCAAGUGCAUUGCAUUUCAUAACCGUGCAAUCGAGUUUGCUAAUCUUGUCGAAGAUGCUAAUUGUGUCAGUUUUCUUUCUAUAAUUGGGAUAAAUAUAAUAAUGAUGACAACUUCGGCUUUGGUGGCUCUGUUCAAAUUUAUGAUGAAUGAAACAGAAAUAGCAGGUCGGUUCGCGUUUUUUACUUUGGGAGAAGUCUGCCAUAUUUUCUACAGCAGCUGGCAAGGGGAACUACUUUUGAAGCACAGCGAAUCAAUAUUUGACCGUGCUUACCAAGCAAACUGGAUUGACACAUCAGUGCGUUCCCAAAAACUAAUGGUGCCAUUUUUGUUAAGAAGAAAAAUGUUCGAAAUGUCUUUAAAAACUUUCAGCGUGAUUGUAAAAACGUCAUUUUCGUACCUCACUGUGUUUGCAUCAAUGCGUGCCUAA